ACUAUAAAAAAGAAUUAACGAUAAACAAACAUAAUAAGACGAAAAACAAAACAUGAUUCUCUAACAAAUAAUGAAGGCCAGUAUUGAAUAAAUUGGCAUUUAGUAUUCAAAUAUCAAUUACUUGGUUACCAAACCUACAAGCGGCUACAUCCUCUUACUUCUUCAAUACAAUGUUCAAAUUUUUGAUCGUUUUGUUAUUAGCUAUAAUAGCUUAUGCCUCCGCUAAGCCUCAUUUAUUAACUACCGGUGUUAACUAUGCUGCUGCUCCCGCAUUAGUGACUCCUGUUGUAGCAGCUGCUGCUGUUCAUCAUCCCGUUGUAGCUGCUACUGCUGUCCACACGCCCGUUAUUGCCGCUCCAGCUUUUGCCGCACCCGCCUAUUAUCCCCACUAUGCUACUGCUUCUUAUGCCACUUAUCCCUCGUAUGCUAUAUAUCCUCAUUUGGGCGGUGCCGCCUAUUACGUAAGACGUUAGUACAAAACCAAAGUAUUUUUUUUUAUUUUUAAUGAAAAGUAUUUUUAAAAUUUAUUUGGCGUCUCGACCUGAAUGUGCUACAUAAGGGUCAAUAAACGAUUU